AUGCGUUUCCGAAUCCUGCUCCUGCUCCUAACCGCAGUAUACUCUCUCUUAACCUACCGCUCCAGUGUUGUGGUCGCAGGCCCGAUGAGAGCCCCGGCCGCCAAUAUCACCAAUAUUGCUGAAGCGAUGGCCUACCAUAGAGACGCAUAUUUCCUCUGUCUAUGGCUCAUGUCCGAGCACCAUCAUGACACAGACGAUGGCUCGAAGGCAUCCCCAACCUCCAUCUACCACCCCCAGGUGACUGCUGCUAUCUCGUCUAUCCGUCUUCACCUCGCGAACACAAGGCUCAAUCGCCCCCCCCUUCGAAAUACUAUCCACCCCGGCACUACUCCGACCGCGGUCAGCCCUAAGCAAUGCACUCCACCAGUUGAGCAUGAGCAUCCUCCUGUAACUCUUAAUCACUACUUUCCCGCACCUACGGAGUCCUAUGCCGAGUCUAUCAAAUUUGAUGAAGACACAACUGGAGAGACCGACAGGCCGCCGUUGUUUCCACACUUGGAUAUUAUUACGGAGGAGGAGGAGGACGACAUCAUCCGGGCUGUCAGAGCCAAGAAUGAUCUUGAGACGAAACGAUUCCUGACGCAGCUCUGGUUCUUUGUUGGUGGGGUGUUUGUCUGGUGGUGGGCGCUUCUCGGUUGGUAG